AUGCAUGCUGCACUCACCCAAGAGACCGCGAGACAUCAGAAGGUCCAAUCGAAGAAAGAACGACACAAGGCUGGCUAUUCCCAGGUCCAGACCAAUUUUUGCCGUCUGCGCAAUGCUCUUGCGGCACUGGUGGUAGAGCGCGAUCAGGGUUUGUGCGAUCUCGCUGAGCCCGAAGUCGAUCGCGAUCGGUUACGCUCUUUUCUCGCCGAUCCGGACGAUCAAGUGGAUCGGCUCCAGACUGAGAUCUCGAAUCUAGAGUCAGAGCGCGAUCUAGCAUUGCGCGAUCGGGAUGCUCUUCAGGUGAGUAUUGCCUCAUUCUCUACCAGCGUAUCCGUCCCUCUUUCUUUCCCUUCUGUCGCGGAGGCCUCAUCCCGUUCUUAA